AUGGCAAGGCUACGAGAGGUGCAAGCCCAUUUGCCUCCCCUUGAUGAGCAAAACCAGGCAUGUCAUGGUAGCCUCAAUGAGGAUGAUCGGGACUUCGACGAUAAUGACGACGAAGACACCGACCGGGAUGACAUCGCCGACCUUGAUGGACUCAUUUACGUUGCAUGUUACGAAAUCUGCGUCUUUUGCCGAGAUUCGUUCGUCCAAGUGCGCAAAUAUAUAGCACAUAUGUGCAAGGCAAAAGCCACGUCGUACGAACAAUGGAGGGACCAGUACAGAAAAGAGCGCUGCACCCAGCUGCACCGGCAGGCAGCUGAAAAGUUAGACGAGAUGCUGGACCUUGACAGUAAGACUCCCAGAAAGGAAGAUUCUCGUAAACGUGCACGAGACGCAGAGGCAAAGUGCGCGGACCAAGAACACACGCACAAGAGACUACGCACUGCUUACAGCGUCAGUGACGGGCAUGGUGAGCUGCGCUCAAAUCCCCGAUGCCAUCAAAUUCUGAUUUGA